AUGCUAUUGGAAAAUCCUGCCCACGUCGGAUCCGAGAGCCUCCUUAGGAAGCUUCGCAAUGGGCCUCAGGUGCAACAGCCAAAGAACAAAGACAGUCUCAGUCAUCUCAUCCCCUAUAUGCACGGCGUGUCGCAUAACCUCAACAAAGUGGGUGAACGAGUUGGUGUAAGUGUGGUCUUCACGGCUCCCUACAAGCUCCUCAGGUUGUGUAAGGACACCGUACCGGAGAGACAAGUGCAGCAACAGUGCGCAAAGAAGCACAUGGAUCCAUUGGAUUUGCAGUUGGUUCCUCUCUUUUUACGCAGAUUCCUCAUCGCUAUCGGGCACAUACUAAAACUAAAAGACCAGAGUGAAUUCUUCGAAAUCGGUACCUACACGAACGAUAAUAAACUCAAAUUUGGUAACACAACAACACACAACUACAAGUGUGACACUGGACAUACGGUAGCCGUGAAAACCUUCUACUGGGUCCAGUUUGUGAGAGAUGCAAAGUACAUCAAUGUAUUCUUCAACGGUGAAUUGUACCACAAGGAGGAGUUAAAUCCUAAAACUCCUGUAUACGACGGUAUAACAACGUGGCCAAACGUUGUUUCCCAGCAAGUCCUAUGCUUCGAGUGCCUCUUCACGUGCGACAAAAGCAAUGUGUCAACUCGUCUGCCAAUGAACCAGUGGUUCAACUCGGAUGAACGGAACGAAAGCCGAUAUGUGGAACAAAGCGUCAACUUCAAACUGGGAGGUUCCAUAACAAUUUUGGGAACCUACAAGAAGACAGGGCAAGGCGACGACAAGAUAAAACUGGCCUUCCUAAAAGGGUCCAGCACUUCCAACGCUACGAUCGACCCCCCGUCGGACCGCAGCGCAGAUAUAAUGCUCCAUCUGACCAUCGAGGGAGGCGAAUUGGUUCUCACAUACCAGGAUAAUCACAAGACGCUCUUGACAGGUGUGGACGGAGCGCACACCCUCCCAGUGAAGAUCGUUGAAAACUUCCAAGUAAUAUCCGUUUGCAUGACAUCAGGAAUGGUCGACACAUCCUGCAAAGGGCCUUAGUAGCGUGUCAUAUGGUGCCUGUGUUACUUUUGAAGUAAACAAUAAUAAAAAGCAUUGAAA